CUCAGCGCGGUCCAGCUUGACUCCGGUCUCCGGCUGUGUCUCUCGCCGUCGCCCGCCGUCCCCUGCCUAUCCAUGCCUCCGGAGAAAUCCCCGCAGUGCCCAGCUGUUUGUGGACAAAGAGUUCUCAUUUUGAACAAACUUGGGGAGAAGCUUGUUGGUUUAUUACAUGAAGCAUGUUCGAAGGAACUUGUGAUCCUCUGUCAUGGAUUCUACAAAGGAGGACAGUAUCUUGGUCGACCUUGCCUCUGCACUAGCAAGCGAAGGAAUUAAUGUUUUUCGGUUUGAUUUUGCUGGAAAUGGGGAAAGCGAGGGCGUAUUCCAAUACGGAAACUACCGAAAAGAGGCAGAUGACUUGCGCUCUGUAGUAUCUUACUUCGCAGAACAGAAGUAUGACAUAAUUGCCCUUGUUGGUCAUAGCAAAGGAGGAAAUGCUGUGCUUUUAUAUGCUUCAAUGUACCAUGAUGUUACCACCAUUGUGAAUGUCUCUGGCCGCUUUGCUUUAGAGAAAGGUAUCGAUGGGCGACUGGGGAAGAACUUCAUGCAGAGAAUAAAGAAAGAUGGAUACAUAGACGUCAGGAAUAAAAAAGGGGAAUUUGAGUACCGGGUGACAGAUGAAAGUCUACGAGAUCGGCUGAGCACUGACACCCUCCUUUCGAGUCGCUCCAUCAGCAAAGACUGCAGGGUUCUCACAGUCCAUGGCUUGAAAGAUGAAACGGUCCCAGCAGGAGACGCCCUGAUGUUCGCUGCGAACAUCCCAAACCACAAGCUGCACAUAGUCGCAGGAGCGAAUCAUCGGUACACAGACCACGAGCGAGAGCUGACUUCACUCGUGCUGGAUUUCAUCAAGCCCCGCUCUCAAACCUCGGCGUCCUUGUGUUCAAAGCUAUAGAUGUUUGACCAUUACGGAGUAGUCUCCAAUCCGCCAGGACCUGCAGGGCCGGUUUGUAUACAAUUGGUGUGCUUAUAUCUUCUGAAUGGAGAAACUUGUUAGAUCCAAUUAUUGUAUCUAAAAUACAAUCAGAGGGAUAUGCUAGUUAUCGUGAAGUUGUUGGCUCAUGGCUGUGUAAAGCCGAUCGCUGAGGUGAAAGGAUCCUGCCUUACCUGCUG